AUGAGGUGGCUUUCCCUAGUCACCCUGAUCGGGCUGGCACUAGCUCAGGAUACAGCCCAUACUACCACCACCUCGGACACCUCUACGACCCUGUCCUCCACCUCGUAUAAUUUAUCCGAUGCUUCCACCGUCACAGGAACCGUAGCGUUGCCCUCCGGAACCUACGUGACCUACAGCAGCACCGUCACCCUCAGCAAUGGCGAUACUUCCUUAGAGGCUAUUAUUUCAUCCAUCGCCGCGAACGCGACCACCACCGGGAACCAGACGGUGGUUACCACUACCUCCCACUCCGUGACGGUCCUUGUUGGCGGGGCAGGUACGACAACGCUAGGCAACAAUAGCAUGAAUGCCACAGCCACGACCACUGCCACGACCACCACCCAGACCCCCGUCAUCAACAGCCGGCCUUGCAAUGGCUACGUCGAGCUCUGCGGGCGGAACUAUUCCAACAUCACCAAUGUCGCGGCACAUAACAGUCCCUUUGACCGCUCAGGCAAUGCCGCCUCCAACCAGAUGUUCGACGUGACUGCCCAGCUGAAUGACGGGAUUCGCAUGCUGCAAUUCCAAGUUCACUACCAGAAUGGUUCCAUGUGGCUCUGCCAUACCUCUUGUGAUAUUCUUAACAUGGGAACCCUUCAAGCCUACCUCGAGUCAGUCGCCAUCUGGAUGCGCAAGAACCCCUACGACGUGGUCACCAUUUUAAUGGGCAAUUACGACUACGUCAGCCCCCAGAAUUUCACCGAGCCCAUCCAGAAUUCAGGUCUCAUGGACUACGUGUAUACUCCGUCCAAGAUUCCCAUGGCCCUGCAUGACUGGCCCACCUUGUCAGAGAUGAUUCUGACUCAGAAGCGUGUUGUCUUCUUCAUGGAUUACCAAGCCAACCAGACCGCCAUCCCAUGGCUGAUGGACGAGUUCUCCCAAAUCUGGGAGACCCCGUUCUCUCCGACCGACGACAACUUCCCGUGCACUGUGCAGCGGCCACCGGGUCUGGCGCGCCAAGGUGCCGAGACUCGCAUGUACCUGGCCAACCACAACCUGAACCUGGAUCUCAGUUUCGGCCCCAUCAACCUCCUGAUUCCCAACACCGCUCAGCUGAAUCAGACCAACGGAGUCAAUGGCACCGGCACGACAUGGAACCGCCCGCCCAACUUCCUCCUAGUCGACUACUACAACUACGGCGAUCCUAAAAACGGAUCAGUCUUUGAAGUCGCCGCCGAAAUGAAUAACGUCACCUACAAUUGGAAGUGCUGCGGGUCCAAAUCCGCCGCCGUCCACGGAGUGUCCAUUUCCAGCCUCUCAACUCUGCUUGCCCUAGUAGCAGGCAUUCAGUUCCUCCUGACAGCAAUCUAA